UCUCUCAAACACUACUGAUUUCACUCUCAGCUACUCUAUUCAUUCAUGGCUUCAACUCACCAUUUCGCACUUGUCGUUGCCUCUCUCUUCUUGUUUUCUUCUCUCUUCGUCCCCUCCACAGCCACAACCAGGAAGCUCACAGCUCUGGUUCAGCAACAACCACUGGUUCUUCAAUACCACAACGGCCCUCUCCUCAAGGGAAACAUUACGGUUCAUCUCGUCUGGUACGGUAAGUUCACAACUCCACAACGUGUCAUCCUCAUCGACUUCAUCUUAUCCCUGAAUCAUCAUAUCCACGCACCUUCCGUCCCUUCGUGGUGGAAGAUAACGGGAAAGUACAAAAACGGUUUCACAAGCUUAAUCCUUGGGAAGCAAACGUUCGACGAAAAUUGCUCUCUGGGUAAGUCUCUCAAGACCCCUCAGGUUACCCGUUUGGCUCGCAGAGGUGAUCACAGGCAAGCCAUCACCGUCGUCUUCACUGCCAAAGACGUUACCGUCGAUGGUUUCUGUAUGAGCGAUUGUGGUACCCACGGGUCAGCCAAGGCUGAUCCCACUGGAAAAACCAAGUUCGCUUACAUAUGGGUUGGAAACCCGGAGACCCAGUGUCCCGGUCAGUGUGCCUGGCCCUUCCACCAGCCCAUUUACGGACCACAAACGCCGCCGUUAGUGUCACCUAACGGUGACGUCGGGGUUGACGGCAUGGUCAUCAACUUGGCUACUCUACUGGCUGGUACCGUAACGAAUCCGUUUGAUAACGGUUACUACCAGGGUACGUCUAGUGCUCCGUUAGAGGCCGUCUCGGCUUGUACGGGUAUUUAUGGGGAAGGAGCAUAUCCGGGCUACCCGGGGGAGCUUUUGGUGGAUAAAACGACGGGUGCCAGUUAUAAUGCGGUGGGGAUCCGUGGGCGUAAGUAUUUGCUUCCGGCCAUGUGGGACCCAACGACCUCUGCUUGCUCUACUCUGGUUUGAAUGAAACUGCAGAGACUCGAAGUCGAUCGAAGAAGACGACCUGAAGGUGGUGGAGAUACGCGUACAUACGGUAGAAGGGUUGAGUACCUGUACGUAUGGAGAUACGGUCGUGGAAAGUAUUGGAUGUAGAAUGUGAAAUGUGAUGUACUCUUCUCAGGUUUC